AUGGUGGCGACGCGGAGGAGGAUGCAUCUGCGUUGUUGUUCGGUGGAGAAGAUGCUGAUGAGGAUGGAGAUGUUGAGCAGCAAGAACUCAGAAACAGUGUCGCUGCCGAUGAGUCCGAGGUGGAUCAUGCUGCUCCCGCUGCAAGAACAUCAGCCCGUACCUUCAACGACCUUUCCUUCCGGGAGGUGGUUUUCUUCUGUACUUACAGAAGUGCAGAAAAUUCUCCAGAACAAUGAUAUCACAACCAAAAACUGGGCCGAGCCAAAUACCACCCACCCCUCCGCGGAUAAUCAGUCGGGACAGAGGGUCAAAUUUCUCAUCGACCCAGAGACCGAAACCUGGCCUGAGCACGGGAUAACUGCAAACUGGGAUGAGAAAGAUGCGGAAAAAAACGCGAUCCCGGAAGGCCAAAACAUCGGGGACAUUAUUGAGGAAAACAAUGGUUUUGUUUUCGGAUUAGUAGAUGCGGAUUUCCGCCACUUAGUCCGGCAAUUUUGCACGUCAUUCUGGGGCGAGCAGGCGAUCCUCGCCGUGCACUCGGCCGCCGUGGAACUCGCGUUGAGGGAGUUCAGAACGGUGGGGGAAGUGAACGAAAUGGUUUUGGAUAAUGAGAAACAAAAGACGAAGAUGAAAUAUUUUUCUCUGAUUUCCUUACAUCCUCUCAAAGCGGAAGACGAUGGAAUAGCCGGUCUGAAAAACCCGAUGCCACUGAAGCCGACCGACAUGAUCCGACCCCGCAGUUGGGUCAUAGACCCGUCGUUGCCGAAGGAAGUUUACAAAGAGCAGGCGUUCAACGGGACGGAAUUUUCGUUCCAAUCCUUCUCCUUGACCGAGCAGUCGUUAACGACCGGUUUCGCGGCAAUUCACAUCGGGCCUGUGCAGGCCUUGCGGUUGACCGGGAAAAUUGGCAUCCGGAGAGUUGACCCGGAAAAGCAUAUCCGUUAUGGGAAAGCGAAUAUGGAUGCUUUGGAACAAUGCGUGAACAACAACGCCCGCGCUCCUGCACUCAACAUUGCUGGCGGAGGAGAGGAACAGCCGGGGGGUAGAUUAGUCUUGCAAAACUUCGGGCAAAGCGAGCGAGAGUUUGGGCAGCAGAGAGUGAUUGUGGCAGAAGACAUAGUGCUGGACGGGGAAGUGAAAAAUCUAGAGAAGACGAUUUCCCCAUUUGGGGAGGUGGAAAGGACGACGUUCUCGCAGCCUCGCAGCCAAUUGGAUUUUCAGACGCAGCAACAAACUGCGUUGAAAAAUUUCAUCAAGUCCAGCUACAAUUGGACCGGCCCCUGUCGAACCUCGUACAGUGAUGGGGAAAAUGGCGCGUUCACCUGUUCGCUGUUUUUCGAGCCGAAUGGGAAACUGCAGGAGCUGGGGAUCCCAUAUGAAAUCUACGUGGAGGAGUUUGACGAAACUGAAUUGGCGGAUUUGGAAAAAAACCGGUACAGCAACAGCCAAGAUUUUGACAAACGUAUCGAAACCGGGAUCCGAAUUGAAGUGGGGUUUUCCGCCGACGAUUCGAAGACAGAGGCGGAAAAGAACUUUGAGACGAAGACUCACGCGUUGGGCUACCCAACGGACGCAAACAAGCGGGGGUGGGGCCACCCGGAUUUGUUUCCGCAGAAGGGUCGGAAAGGCGGAAAUUGCGGAGCUGGGUGUGCGAUUAUGUGAGGUUUGGAUAUCAUUAUCGGUGCCCAUUAUGUGUGAGCCUUUUUCUUGAGCGCUUUUAGCGCACAAGUACACUUCCGCCUGCGCCGAUCUCCCAAACCAAGAACUUGUCGUUCUGUCCUGUAGUUGAUGUUUUGGACGAAUAAUAAUUCGUACCCAAUGUACGUGUAGCUGUAGCGCCUUGAUGGAUUCUUUUUCGUUUUGAUGCCGUGAAAGCACACUGCACACCCUUCAUCUACGUGAAUUUCAUGUCCUGAAAUCGCAACAGACAUCGCGUUAAAUCUCUGCUCUGUCAACCGCAAAGAAGAAGGUGUUCUUGACCACUUUCUCGUGUGCUUAUCUCUGUCAACCGCAAACACCAAGGCAUGUAGUUCCCGGAUGAAAGGAUAAGAAAUAAAUCGUCGGGCGCCGGCUUGAUAGUAAGUAGAAC